CAGCUGUUUGUACAAUUAGUUUUUACGCAAGGGCGAAAGAAAAGCUUGUGAUACAUUUUACAUUUUCCAACGGUACGUAAACAAAGAGUACGCCCACGCAGCCACAACAAAAGUGCUGCUAAAAGUGAGUAGCAAAGCAGCUGCUGCGCUGACACACUCAAAAGCGCAAAAGGAAAACGAAUACAAAGAAGAAGAACUAUACAAAAGCGAAACGUCGCUUAGAAAUUCAUUCGAAAGAUGUCGGCGCAUAGCGGAGGAACUAUGGAUUGGCAUGCGGUUGUGAAACCGUUGCUAUCCAAUCGAACUGGCACUUUAACCAAAACCGAAACAUUUAAUUUAUUGAAAGCAAUAACCAAAAGUGAAAACGAAUUUUUCGAUGAUGAAAGUAAUUAUACACAAUUCUAUACCGCAUUUGCGGCGCUGGCGGCCGACAAAAUCAUGCAAAUCAAGUCGAUUUGCCAGACGCAAAUCUCACAGCUGCACGAUGCAAGCGCUGUGCUCAUACGCUUUAUGCUCUACAGACUGCCCAAGGUGUCUGUGUAUGAGCUUAAAUGGCUGCUAGCAGCGCUCAAAAUGAUGCUAGAGGGACGCGACAAUAACAACAGCAGCGCCGGACCUAGUGCAGCACAAUUUAAUUAUAAUGAAGUUGCAGCGCUGCUCAAGAGCGCCAAGCAUCCAGAAUCGAAUGCUAAAAGCAGUGGCAGCAGCAGCACUAGCACAGAAAAGGAUUCUCCCAAGUCGGAGAUAAAACGUUCACGCUCGGAUUUGUCUACAGUCAUAUUGCAGCAGCUGCUGGCGCCACUAGAGGCGGGCAAGAUGACUUGGUUACCAUUAAGCGAGGAGAUUAAUGAUUGCACUGAGCAACUGCUGGCAGCCAAUGUGGAAUACUUUCAAGCACAAAACGGCGUGGAUACGUUGCUUGAUGUGGGCAUCGCUUUGCCCAUACUCAAUCGCUAUCGCGCUAAAUAUGUGGAAACUAUAGUAGGCGGCAAACCUUUAUACUUGCCGCUGACGCAAUUGGAAGCCGGCAACGUAAAGUCUGCCAUGACGCAUAUGCUUACAGACUUGUGCAUCUUGGGGCAGGCACAUUCACUUAUAGCGCUUCAACCUUUGACACCAAGUCGCAUCGAGAAGCUCUCAAUGUGCGGCAUAGCUGCGCUUUAUAACGCUGUGCUUACUUCCAUAGCAGCCAGCGUGCUGAACAUGUGCCAGGCCAGCAGCAGUGCUCAAAAACAAACGGUGGUGGCUAGCACAAGUCAAGGCAGCGCUGCAGGCGGCGGUGGUAGCACCAGCAGUGGAGCUGGCGGCAACGCCCAGACGGAUGACUUUGAGGAGCAAGCAUGCGGCAUAGUAAACAAAGCGCUGGAAAUUUAUACUAGCAUUGGACACAUGUUUAAAUCAGCAGCACGCAUGCAUGUCUAUCAGAAUCAUUUAUGUUAUGGCGCAUGGUUGCUCAUAAGUGGCAUACAAGGUGCCAUGGGCGCUUCCGGCAGCAGCAACAGCAGCGCUGGCAAAUGCAGCGAGGCCACGCCCAGCACGCCCAUAGCGCGUGUUAAUCUCUUUAAAGUGCAGCAAGGAUUUGGUGAACUAAAUGCAGCCAUAGCUAAUCAUAGCAUCAAAUUGCUGUCGGAGCUAAUAGAUGAUCUCAAAAUAGAAACAGCCUGCGGUGCAGCGACAACCACAACAGAGCUAAAUGUUAAUCUGGAGGCAGACGCUGCUCAGUUCGAUAUAUUGCAGAAUUAUAGCGCACUGCAGCGCAUAGUGCGUGUGCUUAAUACGGCGACACUGCAUCAGUUGUUCACCUUCCUGGCCACCGUCUCUUAUCGCAAAGCUUGCAGCUUGAAACGCGCCAGCGCCAAGGAUCGCACUGAAUGCGAACCCAUAAGCUACUCAGACUCUACUACUUACUUUAAUGAUUCGCUCUCCUGCUCGGACAACUCGGAAGAGGAUGACAGCGAGAGUUACUUGGGACAUUGGUUUAAGGAGACGCUGUCGCCAGAGACUCACGAUGAUAACGCCAAUGCCUGCAGCCAAGAGCGCAAUGGCGAACAAAAGUCUGUGCUUGUGCCCAAGCUGGAUGAACCACACGAGUAUCUGGACUUGGCUGCAGAUAUCUUCUGCUUUCUUGAUCAGUUUCUGGCCAAUCGUCAUGCCUACAUGCAGCGCUACGUCAAGGCGGGUGUAAGCGAUCAACAAAUGCUGCUUAUGGCCAAUAUAAUCAAAGACUUUGAUCGCGAUGUUAUGCGCCAGGACGGUGGUGGCGCUAAUAUUAAUGCCAACAACGAAACCGGCGCUAAUGCCAAUUGGCAAACAGCCAUGCUGCGUUUCUCUGGCGCCGCCGGACGUUAUCUACACAAUCUAAUAUCCACAUCACUGCUCUCGGAGCAGCUGCAAUCAAAUCUGCUGCAACAUUUAUGCAUCUCACCCUGGUCGACGGAUACGAAUAGUUGGCCAUUGCAAGUGUAUCCCAGCACGCUCUCAGUGCUGGUGCAGAUUUUAUUGUUGAAGCCCACACAAGAGAAGGAAGCUGCUUGUCUAUCGGUGUGGCAUCGUCUCAUCAACACUUUGGUGGAAGGCGUUUGUUCCAACAGCUCAGCCAGCGAUGCAGAUUUUGAGGAUCUAAACAUAGAGCAUGCGCAGCUCUUGCUUUUCCUAUUCCACUCGCUGAAUCUUAUGCAAAAGAAGUCCAUAUUGCUGUUGACAGCUGGCGGAGUCAUACGCUGCGCUGAUGUUUGUCGUGGCAUCAGCUCCGAGCGCAUUGUGCGCAACAGUCAAAUGAUGUUGCUAUCGCGCCUGCUGCUCUUCCUAGAAUAUUUGAUGAAGCACUUGUAUAAUGCGCCCUUGGAGCUGCUAGAUCAGGUGCGUUGGAAUUUGUUUAGUGUCAGCAGCAUGCCGGAUACGCAAAAGAUUACGGACUUGCUUAAUAGUCGCACCAAGUUGAAUGCGUAUUGUCGCAUCGAUAUUGAGGAAAAGUUUCGCAAGGCGCCCAGCAGUGAUUAUAACUCAUUCAUACGCCCCACAUUUUAUUCCUUGGUCACUGGCGAUCCCACAAAAUCGCAUUGGGCGCAUGAAUUUAAACUGGAUGGUCUUGCUUGGAAUUUCAUACUCUGCACGCCGGAUAAACUCAAGUAUCCGCUGCUUGUGGAUGCUUUAAUUGAUAUAUUGGCUAUUACGGAUAUGUCAGCGCAUGCCAAGGAUAAGGAUAACAUCUAUACGCGUUGCACCAUGCAGUAUUGCUUUAGCAUUGCUUGGAAGCUGCUGCUGGGACUGCCGCCCUCGACGUCGCAUGUGGAAGCGUUGAAGACCGAACGUGCGCCCAAUUUGCAUUCAUUGAUGUGGAGCAUACGCUGUCCCUUGGCCAGCUCACAUUAUCUAAUGGUCAACAGCUUGAUUAAGCAGGGCAUGUACACACAGUUUGCCGAAAGCUUGUGGAAUCAUGUGGGCGAUCGUGCCAGUGAUAUACGCUACAAUCUCAAGCAAACGCUGCUGGGUGUGGAGGCUUUCAACAAGCAGCUGAGCAAGGCUACGCCCAAUGCACGUCUAUCCGAGCUCAUACUGUUUGAUGCGCUUGUGGGUCACAUGCAAGCUCUAGCCUGGGCGGACAAGGCGGGCUUUAAACUGCAGCGCAAGGAGAGCGAUAGCGACAGUUUGACUUCAGACAGUCGUGAGCGUGACACUUCCAGCGCUGUAACCGAACCGGAUGUUUACAGCUCCAGCGAGUCUAUAGAUGAGCAGCAAUCCAAGCAAACUGAAGACAGCAUUAUAACGCCUGGCGAGCUGCUGGAACGCACGCAGCUGAGCAAUGAACUUAUGCUAAAGCUUGUAGAGAGCUAUAAUCUAUUGUCGCAAUUGGUGAAACAGCAAAUGUUGAAACAGCUGUCGGGCUCAACACCAGAGCAAGCGCUUAAUAUCAUUGUGCCCGUAGUAAGCGAUAAGCCUGCCAUAAUGCUGGAACUACAUGCUGCCUUCUUGAAGCUGCUGCCCAAUGAGGAUAAGCAACAGAUAGCCAAUGAAUGGCCCAAGUGUCUGAUGGUCAGCGAUGAAGCCUUUAAUGGCAAACAGUAUCCCGUCGAGCCGUAUACGCUGCAUGUUAUCGAUGCACACAUAACCGAGCUAACCAAAUCCAACACCUAUGCCACCUUGCAUACAUUGAAGCACUGCCUGAAGAGCAUUCUACAGCUGCUGGAGCUGCUGUUGCCUUAUUGCACAGCUAUAAGUGAAAUGGAAACGCAGUUGAAGCCAAUGCUCAUAGCCAGCAUGAUGGACAUGCGCACGGACUAUUUGCAAACCCAAGCGGAGCAGUGCCUGCGUGAAAUUCUACAGAAUAUGACACCAGAGGCGCAUAAGCAGCUGCUAUUCGAGCAUAUGAUCAGUCAUUGCUAUCGCAUGCUUAUCGACUUUGCCAAUGAGUUGAAAGCGCCUGCAGCGCCGGACCAACAGCAGCAGCAGCAGCAGCCGGAGCGUGCGCUCUUCAAUGAAUCCAUGCUGUUUGCUGUGCUCAAGACUAUGAUCAAAAUGCUGGAGUUUCCCAUUGCGGUGCAGGCUAUGCGUCAGUUCUUCAAGCAGCAAGCGGCAGGCAGUUUGACCAAUCUGCUUUUAUCCUUUGCUGGCACGACGCUGCCGCUGAGUUAUGCGCGCAAAAUGUUGCAAUUUGUGCAGCGCUUGUUUGAGCAGGCGGCACAGCCUGAGGCGGUAUUCCAGCAUGAGGAGCUAGUGGAAUGCUUUGGCGAGCUGGCUUCGGUGGAUGUGGCGCGUUUGAAGCUUUGGCUGGCGCAUAUAAUUUAUGGCCCAGUGGUAGCCAACAAUACCAGCAGCUGUGAUGCUUCCAGCAAGCUCUUGACCAGUGUAGUGCAGCCUUCGAGCAGCUCCAGCUCCAAUGCGCAGACGCCCACCAAUAUGGCUACUGUUUCAGCUAUGCCCAGCAUCUCUGAUCAACUGGAUGCCAUGGACAUAGACUACGAUUGCACAGCCGCGCCGCCAACAGCACCAAAUGCUUCACAAAUGUUGAGCUUGUGGCAAACGGCGAAUCAGCCACAGCAGCAUUCAGAGGACUCCUCGCAAGCAGGCGAAGCUCAAGCCACAGAUGCACCACGCAAUGGCGCCUUGCUGCUGAGCUUUGUCAAGGCCUUGGUGCGUGAUCAGCCCGCAGCCGCGCAGCUGGCGUCGCCUUUAUUCCUAGCGCUGCUGCAGCUGGGACAGAAUUUGAUUACGCCACCGCAGGAUGGUUGCGACUUUGCAGAUGUGCUGCAGAUUAUGAUUACUUUGGCGGAUGCAGCGCCGGCACGUGGGCAUGUCACGUUGUUCAAUACGACGCUGCUUUGGCUAGAGCUGGCCAAGCUGCAGCUUCCGGACAAGCAGCUGCGUCAUGCGGAGAAUGUGAGCGCCUUGCUGCGCUAUCUAAGCGAACUGCUGCAGGGCAUUGGCUAUCGCGGCAGCCGUCAGCAUCUGCCGCCUUGGGAUGAUGAGCUGCAGUCGGACAUGGAUGAGCUGUACGAUGAGCUGGCCGAUGAGCAGCAGGAGCAGGACUCGCUGCUCGAUGACUCCGAUGAGGAUACGCUUAACAAUAAGCUCUGCACUUUUUCUCAGACACAAAAGGAGUUUAUGAAUCAGCAUUGGUAUCAUUGCCACACUUGCAACAUGAUCAAUACUGUGGGCGUUUGCUCGGUGUGCGCGCGCGUUUGCCACAAGGGGCACGAUGUUAGCUAUGCCAAGUAUGGCAACUUUUUCUGCGACUGCGGCGCCAAGGAGGAUGGCAGCUGUCAAGCAUUGAGUCGUCGUUCGGCUAGCAAUGGCGAUGGACGCGAUGGCUACGCUCCAGCUCACAUGGGCAUGCUGGCUGGCGGUAAGAAACGUGGCACGCCUGUUGGCGCGCAGCUGCGCAAGGAUUCGUUGAAUAGUGAGCGCAUUUCGCUGCUGGCCAAGCUGCUCGAGCCGCAUCGCGAGGCACUGCAGCAGCCGGAACAGUGGCUGCUUGUGGUGCGUUGCAUCUUGGAGUACUUUGAUGUGUUGUUGCCAUCGAUACGCGAGAACUGCACGCUCUACAGCAUUGUAGGCUGCCACAAGCGUGCCACAUCAGCAGUGGAGCGACUGCAUCAGCUGGAGCAGCAAUUCCAAGUAACCGAUCAGCUAAUGUUUGCCACGCUGGGCAGCCAGGAGGGCGCCUUUGAAAAUGUGCGCAUGAACUAUUCCGGAGAUCAAGGACAGACUAUCAAGCAUCUCAUCUCCUCGGGCGUAGUGCGCCGCGUAGCCUUCUGUUGCUUAUCCUCACCACAUGGUCGUCGUCAGCAGCUGGCCGUGUCACAUGAGAAGGGCAAGGUGACCAUCUUGCAGUUGUCAGCGCUGCUGAAGCAGGCGGAUGCCUCCAAGCGCAAAUUGACGCUCACUCAACUCAGCUCAGCGCCCAUAGCAUGCACAGUGCUGUCGCUGGCAGCGAAUCCCUGCAAUGAGGACUGCUUGGCAGUGUGUGGACUCAAGGAGUGCCAUGUGCUUACCUUCUCCAGCAAUGGCAGCACCAAUGAACACAUAUUGGUUACUCCACAACUGGACAAUGGCAACUAUAUCAAGAAGGCAGUAUGGCUGCCAGGCUCGCAAACGUUGCUCGCUUUGGUCACAUCGGACUAUGUCAAGAUCUACGAUUUGGCUGUGGAUACCAUAAGUCCCAAGUACUAUUAUCUGGUGGCUGUUGGUCUAAUACGCGACUGCACCUUUAUGUACCAGGAGGGCGCCUACUAUAUGCUCACCUUUGCCAGCAGCGGUUACAUCUACUAUCAGGCGCUGGAUGAGCAAAGUUUGGCCGUGCAUGGCAAUUUCUAUGUGACCAAUACGCUGGAGCUGAAUCAUCAGCACAUAAAGGACACCAAUGGACAAGUAGGCGGCGGUGGCGUCUCCAUUUAUUAUUCACAUGCGCUGCAGCUGCUCUUCUAUAGCUACGCCUCCGGACGCAGCUUUGUCUCGCCGCUCACAAAUGUCAAUCAAGGGGUGAAGGGCAUCUAUCAUUUGGACAUUAACUCUACCGUUAAAAGCGCUUCCAAGGGCCCAUUGCAGCCGCUGGUGCAGUGGACCGAAGUGCCAGGACAUGCCGGCUUGAUCUAUGCCAAUAUGCAAACCUCCAAUAAUCCCAUUAUAUUGAUGUUAACGCCAGAGAAUAUUUAUAUGCAGGAGAUUAAGGCGCAGUCGGCCAAGUCACGCAUUAUGGAUGUCGUGGGCAUACGUCAUGCUGUGGCUGGUGUGGAGAAGACCACGCUGCUGCUGCUCUGCGAGGAUGGCAGUCUGCGCAUAUUCAGCGCUCAGCCGGAGCUCACCAGCUAUUGGCUUUCGCCCAGGGUGCAGCCGCUGGGCAAUCAACUCUACGCUUCCAAUUUGCUGCCCAAGUCGGCAGUGCAACGUAGCAAGCCGCUGAAGCUGCCACGUAAAAGCGCCGGCGGUGGCGGCGGCGGCAACAGCGCAGCAGCGGCACAAGCUGCAGCCAACAAGCAGCUGACCAGCGCAACUGGCGCGCCCAUAUUCCCAAUUGAUUUCUUCGAGCACUGCAGCAUGCUGGCGGACGUGGAGUUCGGUGGCAACGAUCUGCUGCAGAUUUACAACAAGCAAAAGCUUAAGACCCGACUCUUCUCCACGGGCAUGUUUGUGGCCAGCACGCGUGCCAAUGGCUUCACCCUGGAGGUGUUGAACAAUGAUCCCAAUGUGGUUAUAGUGGGCGUACGCGUGCUGCUGGGCACACAGGAUACGCAACGUGCGCCACAGUCGGUGAGCAUUCUAGGACGCACUAUACCCACUCCAGUGCGACGCGCGCGCUGGUUUGAUAUUCCGCUAACACGCGAGGAAAUGCUGCAGUCGGAUAAGCUGCUCAAAGUGGUGUUCGCCAAGUCACAGGAUCCGGAGCAUGUAACGCUGCUGGACUGCAUUGAAGUGUACGGCAAGUCCAAGGAGCUAGUGGGCUGGCCGGAUGACAGCGAGGAUUUGAAUGCCAAUGCUGGCGUAGCUACGGCUACAGCUCAAGCUGCUGCUGCUUUGAAUGCUGCUGCCGUUUGCAACUUUGUCGAGGGCUACCACAGCAUCACCCAGCUGGAUCGCAUGUGCUCGCAUCUGCUCGAGGUGCUGGACUGCGCGCUAAGCCUGCUCAACUCUGGCUCGGGCGGUGUGGGCUCCACGUUGCGUCAGAAGGCGGUGAAGACUGCCAGCUCGCUGUUGCUGCUGCCCACGCCCAAUCCCGUGCAGACUCAGGCACGCUAUGUGCUGGCCACGCUCUAUGCCAGUCGUGGCGCCUAUCAUGGCUACAAGGAUGCGCUGCUGCUGCAAUUCGUGCACAGCGAGCUGCUGGCCAUGCAGCCCAAGCUCAGUCAGCUGGACAGCCUGCGCGAACUCGAUCCGGAGGCGUUUUAUCGCUUGGUGCUGCUGGUGCGCGGCAUUGCCAAUGCGCGCCCACAAUCGCUGGCCAAGAUUUGCGCCGACUCCAGCUAUGAUAUAGUGCCGGCUCUGAUGUCCAUGCUGCUGGAGCUGCAUAAGGUGACACCCGCGCUGGAUGAGCCCUGCAAUGUAGUGCGUCGUGGUCUAUGUCAGCCUGAAACGAUUGUCCACUGCCUGGUGGAGAUUAUGUACGGCUUUGCUCUGGCCGAUGCCAGCCAAGUGCCACGCAUGACCAAGUACUUCAUUGAGCUGCUCAAGCAUGAGGCGAGCGUCAUCAGUCACAGCGCCAAGGAGGCGCUUAUAUUGCUGCUAAGUCCGCGCUUGAAGCGACGCAAGCUGGCCACCUCGGCAACGCCGCCGACCUGCUCCACGCCCACGCCUUCCAGCGCUGCUCUAGCCGCUCUGCAAGGUGCCGCCUCGCAAGCGGCCAGCGACAUUAUUGAAGAGGCUGCGGCAGCUGCAGUAGUGGAUGCUGCUGCUGUUGUCGCUGCAGCUGAAGCUCUGCAGGAACCGGAGGCAGUGCAGCAGCCAGUGCAGCAAAUGCUCAAUCUGGAAGCCUUCAUGGGCGGCGGCUUUCCACGCCUGCUGGGCCUGCCCGAGGAUGCGGACGACGAGGCUAUAAUGGACAUUGCCAUUGCUCUGAGUCUGCAGCAGCAUGGCGGCGAUGCCAACGCUAUGCAGUCGCUGCAGCAAGGACUGGCCAAUCUUCAAGGCAUACGCCUGCAUGCUGCGGCCGCCGCAGCUGCUGCAGUCAAUGUGCAAGGUGGUGUUGGCGCUGCUGUGGAUGCUGCAGGCUCGGAUGACGAUGAGGGCUCAAAUGUCGCCACCGAUGGCUCCACCUUGCGCACUUCACCCGCCGAGCCUGCGGGCAGUGGCGGCUCUGAAAGCGGCGGCAGCGGUGUGGAAAGCAUUGGCGGCACCUCUGCGCGCAGCAGCAACUUUGGUGAUCACGCUCAAGGUUCGCCACCGCGUCAAGGCAAGGAUAGCGGCGAACAGGAUGUAGAGUCGGAGCAGCCAGGCACAAGUGUUGCUGUCUUGAGUGCCAUGAGCAGCAGCGAGGACAAUGAAAUCAAUGAGGAUGACAAGCUCAACAAGCUGCACGAACUGCGCAUUGCUGUGCUGGAAAGCAUCAUUGAGCAUCUGAAUACCUUUGAUCUAUGCAAUGGACUGCAAGCCAUACCGCUCAUCCAAGUGAUACUAAUGCUUACCCAGGAUCUCAAUGGCAACAAUGAGCGGGAUCAGCAAGUGCUGCAGGAGCUGCUGCUGGCGCUGGUGGAGUAUGUGGAAAUUGGCAAACGUGGCGCUGCCACCAGAAUGGAAACCAAAUGCGCUGGUAAUGAAGUGCGUUUGGCUUUGCUCUCGCUCUUUGGCGUUAUGAUGGGCAAAACCAAGUCCAAGCAGUUGGGCACCACCUCGCCGCCGCAUCAGUUCAAGGACAACAGCAGCUUUGUGGCCAGCACUACAGCGAAUGUGUUGAGCAAGAGCGGCGCCUUUGUCUAUGCGCUGGAGGCGCUCAACACGCUGCUGGUGCACUGGAAGCAACAGCUGGGCGAUCCCUAUGCGGCCACUGCUCAAGCUGGCGUAGCAGCUGCUGCCUCACCCAGUGGCCCAGGCACACAGCUGCUCAAGCCCAUAAAGCAUGGACCCAAGCCGGACAUAUCCAUGCUGAUACCACACAACUAUUUGAAGAAUUAUCCGGACAUUUUCGAGUGCUACGAUGCGCUGCUCACGGAGAUUAUUGUGCGUCUGCCGUAUCAGAUUUUGCGUCUGAGCAGCGCACAUCCGGAUAACUACGACAGCGGCUUCUGUGAGGCCAUGACCUUUACCUUAUGCGAAUAUAUGAUGCUGAAUCUAAAUGCGCUGCUGCGUCGCCAGGUGCGCAAGCUGUUGAUGUACAUCUGCGGCAGCAAGGAGAAGUUCCGCAUGUACCGCGACGGACACUCGCUGGACGCACAUUUCCGUGUGGUGAAGCGUGUCUGCAGCAUAGUGAGCAGCAAGACUGGCGCGCCUUACAAUGUUAAUCCGCCGCUUCUAAGCUACGACGCUUUGGUGGAGCUCACCGAGCACUUGCGCACUUGCCAGGAGAUCAGUCAAAUGCGCACGGGCAAUUGGCAAAAGUUUUGUGUGGUGCAUGAAGAUGCGCUGGCCAUGCUCAUGGAGAUUGCCUGCUAUCAGCUGGACGAUGGUGUCUCACCUAUAAUAAUACAACUGCUGCAGGCAGCGCUUUGUCAGUUGCCACAACAACAGCUUGGCAUUAAGCCGCCCACAGCAGCAGCACAGCAGGCUGUGGUGGUAGCAGCGGCGGCGGCACCAGCAGGCUCCACCAAGCUGCGCAGUGAGCGCGAGAAGAGCGAGGACACCGACACUGCUUACUACUCCAAGUUUGAUCCAGCGCAGUGCAGCACAUUUGUGCAUCAAAUCUUUCGCUAUGCCAGCGAUGCGCUCAUCAUACGCUUUGUGCGCAUCUUUCUGCUGGAGAACAAUGUAAGUCAGCUGCGCUGGCAGGCGCACAGCUUCAUGACCGGACUCUUUGAGCAUGCCAACGAGCGUCAGCGCGAAAAGCUGUUGAGCAUCUUCUGGAAUCUGUGGCCAUUGGUGCCGAGCUAUGGACGCCGCACUGCGCAGUUUGUGGAUCUGCUGGGCUACUUAACGCUGAGCACACGCAGCAUUAAUGAUCGUCUGCCGGAGUUUGUUACACGUGCCGUCGAGGUGCUGCGUCAGCAGAACGAACUGCUCUGCAAGCAUCCCAAUGCGCCCAUCUACACUACGCUGGAGUCCAUACUGCAGGUAAAUGGCUACUAUUUGGAAUCGGAGCCCUGCCUGGUGUGCAACAAUCCGGAGGUGCCUAUGGCCAACAUCAAGCUGCCUUCGGUUAAGUCCGACUCCAAGUAUACAACCACUACAAUGAUUUACAAGCUGGUGCAGUGUCAUACCAUCUCCAAGCUCAUAGUGCGCAUCGCUGAUCUUAAGCGCACCAAGAUGGUGCGCACCAUCAAUAUCUACUACAACAAUCGUUCCGUGCAGGCGGUGGUCGAGCUGAAGAAUCGUCCAGCGCUUUGGCACAAGGCACGCAGCGUCGCCUUGCAGUCCGGCCAGACUGAGCUCAAGGUGGACUUCCCUCUGCCCAUUACCGCUUGCAAUCUAAUGAUUGAGUUUGCCGACUUUUAUGAAACUGUAAGCGGCUCCAGCGAGAACUUGCAGUGUCCACGCUGCAGUGCAGCUGUGCCCGCUUACCCAGGCGUCUGUGGCAAUUGCGGCGAGAAUGUAUUCCAAUGCCACAAGUGCCGUGCCAUCAACUACGAUGAGAAGGAUCCGUUCCUUUGCCAUUCGUGCGGCUUUUGCAAAUAUGCCAAAUUCGAUUUCAGCAUGUACGCGCGUGUUUGCUGCGCUGUCGAUCCCAUUGAGUCUGCCGAGGAUCGCGCCAAGACUGUGCAGUUGAUACACAGCUCGCUGGAGCGUGCCGAUCGCAUCUAUCGCCAGUUGCUGACCAACAAGCAAAUGCUGGAGCUGUUGAUACAAAAGGUUGCAGAGCAUCGCAGCAGCGAUCGCCUAGUGGAGGAUAAUAUGGGCAGUGUGCAUAGCACCUCGCAGGUGAACAAGAUUAUACAGCUGCUGGCGCAGAAAUAUUGCGUGGAAUCUCGCACGAGCUUCGAAGAGCUGUCCAAGAUUGUGCAGAAGGUUAAAGCCUGUCGCAGCGAACUCGUGGCCUACGAUCGCCAGCAGCAGGAUCAGCCUAGUGGCGGCAAUGCAUCCGCUUUAAGUGCUGGCGGCGAUGCAAAUCUUUCAAACAAUCGCUGCUAUGGCUGCGCUCUGGCCAGCACCGAACAGUGCUUGACCUUGCUGCGCGCCAUGGCCUACAACUAUGACUGUCGCGUUGGUCUCUACUCGCAGGGACUGGUCAGCGAGCUGGCCGAGCACAAUCUGCGUCGUGGCACGCCUCAGAUACAAGAGGAAGUGCGCAACUUGCUGGUGGUGCUGACCAAGGAUAAUGCCGAGGCCUGUUUGCAUCUGCUGCAGCUGGUGACGACGCGUGUUAAGAACGCGUUGAUGGGUGCCAUACCCUUGAUUAGCCUGGAGGCAGCAGUGCAUCAGGAGAUGACGCUGCUGGAAGUACUGCUGGGUCAGGAUGAUGUCUGCUGGGAAUAUAAGCUUAAGGUUAUAUUCGAGCUGUUCAUAAGCAAUUGUCGCUUACCACGUGGUCCUGUCACUUCAGUGCUCCAUCCCUGCCUGCGCAUUAUGCAGAGCCUCAUCUGCCCUGCGCUUCCCAACAAAGCCAAUCCCAACAACAACAACAAUGUCUCGCAGCAGCAGCCACAGCAGCCACAACAACAAUUGCCGACAACCGAAUUGUCCAGCAUCAAACUGCUCGAAGGCAACACCAUUGACUAUCGCGCAUGGCUAAGCUCUGAGCGCAAUCACGAUUAUCAAGCGUGGAGCAGUCGCAUGCCGAGCAGCCAAAGCAGCAACUUGAGUUUGACUACCAAGCAGCGCAGCAAGCAGAACAGCGAGAGCAGCAGCAUCUCCAGCCAGAACAGCAGCCAGCAGAACAAUAAAACUCCAGCUGAAGUACGCGCGCAGUUUUUGAGCGAGAAAUAUGCGCAACGCUGGCGUCAGUGUGUGCUGGAUAAGGAGCAGGUCAUACGACCGCUGGUGUUCCAGGCCAAGUGGAUACAGCCGCUGCUCUUCAAUGCCAAUUCGCGUUUUGGUCGCCAGCUCGCAUGCACUUUGCUCUCGGGACUGUGCCGCACCAACGAACGCAAGCAGCAGGCGCUAAAUAUGCUCACUGGUUUCCUCAAGCACGUGGGCGAGGCGGGCGAGGCUAGUGCAGAGUAUUUGACGCUUUACAUAAGCGUUGCCAGGCAAACUCCUUGGCUGCAGUAUUUGGUGUUGCGUGGCGUGCUCGGCGACAUUUCACAGCUGCUGGCAGUGGAAAUAGCCAAGGUGCAUCGCAUGGAGGAGCAUUCGCUGUCAUCGGACUUGUCGCUAGGCUAUGCGCUGCGUCAAUAUGUGGAGCUCCUAUGGCUGUUCCUCGAGUGUCCCAAUAUUAGACGCACGUAUAAGACGCGUCUGCUGGGUCCCGUGCUGGAGAGCUAUCUAGCUUUGCGUAGUUUGGUGGUGCAGCGCACUAGACUCAUCGAUGAUGCCCAAGAGAAGCUGCUGGAAAUGCUGGAAGAGAUGACCAGCGGCACGGAGGAGGAAACACGCGCAUUCAUGGAAAUACUCAUCGAUACGGUGGAGAAAACGCGCGCCAAUGACAUCAAGACGCCAGUGUUUAUAUUCGAGCGUCUGUACUCCAUUAUACAUCCGGAGGAGCAUGAUGAGAGUGAGUUCUAUAUGACGCUGGAGAAGGAUCCGCAGCAGGAGGACUUUUUGCAGGGACGCAUGUUGGGCAAUCCGUAUCCAUCCAGUGAGGUGGGCCUUGGUCCGCUUAUGCGCGAUGUUAAAAACAAAAUCUGCACAGACUGCGAGCUCAUUGCGCUGCUGGAGGAUGACAAUGGCAUGGAGCUGCUGGUCAACAAUAAGAUUAUAAGCCUGGAUCUGCCAGUCAAGGAUGUUUAUAAGAAAGUCUGGCUAGCCGAGGGCGGAGAUCGUGAUGCCAUGCGCAUUGUUUAUCGCAUGCGUGGACUGCUGGGCGAUGCCACCGAAGAGUUUGUCGAAACGCUGAACAACAAGAGCCAGGAGCAAGUGGAUACGGAGCAACUGUAUCGCAUGGCUAAUGUCUUGGCUGAUUGCAACGGACUGCGCGUCAUGCUGGAACGCAUUGGCAGCCUGCAGCGCAUUUCGCGCCAGCGUGAGCUCAUCCAAGUGCUGCUCAAGCUGUUCCUCAUUUGCGUCAAGGUGCGUCGUUGCCAGGAGGUGCUCUGCCAGCCCGAAAUCGGCGCCAUCAAUACGCUGCUCAAGGUGCUGCAAAUGUGUCUGCAAUCGGAGAAUGAUUCCAUACAGUCGGCGGUGACCGAGCAGCUGCUGGAGAUUAUGGAAACCAUACUGUCCAAGGCUGCCAGCGAUACUUUGGAUUCGUUCUUGCAAUUCUCACUGACCUUUGGUGGUCCGGAAUAUGUCAGCGCACUGAUCUCCUGCACCGAUUGCCCCAAUGUGCGCAAUAAUCCUUCAGUGCUGCGUCAUCUUAUCCGUGUGCUUGCCGCACUCGUCUAUGGCAAUGAGGUCAAAAUGGCGCUGCUCUGCGAACACUUCAAGCAUACGCUGGACUUUAAUCGCUUCGACACGGAACGCACUACGGAGGAGGAAUUCAAGCUGGAGCUGUUCUGCGUGCUGACCAAUCAGAUCGAGCACAAUUGCAUUGGCGGCACACUCAAGGACUACAUUGUGGGUCUGGGCAUAGUGGAGCGUGCGCUGGCCUACAUCACCGAACAUGCGCCUUGUGUCAAGCCCACGCUGCUGCGCACCGACUCCGAUGAGCUGAAGGAGUUCAUCUCGCGACCCAGUUUGAAGUAUAUACUGCGCUUCCUUACUGGCCUGGCGAAUCAUCACGAAGCCACGCAGCUUGCCAUCAGCAAGGAUAUCAUACCAAUUAUACAUCGUUUGGAGCAGGUGUCUAGCGAUGAGCAUGUGGGCAGUCUGGCUGAGAAUCUGCUGGAAGCCCUCAGCACAGAUGCAGCCACCGCCUCGCGUGUGCAACAAGUGCGCGACUUUACGCGCGCCGAGAAGAAGCGACUGGCUAUGGCCACGCGUGAGAAGCAGUUGGAUGCGCUGGGCAUGCGCACCAAUGAGAAGGGUCAGGUAACAGCCAAGGGCUCCAUAUUGCAAAAGAUUGAAAAGCUGCGCGAUGAAACGGGCUUGACCUGCUUCAUUUGCCGCGAGGGCUACGCCUGCCAGCCGGAAAAGGUGCUGGGCAUCUAUACGUUCACCAAGCGCUGCAAUGUGGAGGAGUUUGAGCUAAAGUCGCGCAAGACCAUUGGCUACACCACUGUGACCCACUUCAAUGUCGUGCAUGUGGACUGUCAUACGUCGGCCAUACGCCUAACACGCGGACGCGAUGAAUGGGAACGCGCCAGUCUGCAGAAUGCCAACACACGCUGCAAUGGUCUGCUGCCGCUCUGGGGUCCAGCUGUGGGCGAGGCCGCCUUCUCGGGCUGCAUGACGCGCCACAGCAGCUACAUGCAGGAGAGCACUCAACGCUGCGAUAUCAGCUACACCAGCAGCGUACACGACUUAAAGCUGCUGCUCAUACGCUUUGCCUGGGAGCGCAGUUUCCACGACGAUGCCGGCGGCGGUGGACCUCAGUCCAAUAUGCACUUUGUGCCCUAUUUGCUCUUCUAUGCGGUCUACUUGCUGCUCUCCUCACGCUCGGCCGCGCGCGAUGCCAAGACGCUGCUCAAUUAUAUAACGACAGCGCCUUCGGAAAAGUGGCUGGAGUGUGGCUAUGAGGUGGAUGGACCACUUUAUAUGCUCACCAUUUCGCUGUCGCUGCACAGUCGUGAGCUGUGGUUCAAGCACAAGAUGGCGCAUUUGAAGCGUUUGCUGGUUGUUGCCCAGGCGCGUCAUGUUUCGCCAUCGGUGCAAUGCAAGGCGUUGCUUUCGCCGGCGGAUCGCCAAGCGAAGGAGUAUAGUGUCUAUAAGCCGUUCCUUAUGAUGUGGGCGCUGGUGGAUUUGAUCUAUAAUACACUCUUCAUCACGGUCAACACACCCAAGGAGGAGGAUUGGCCUGCAUCGAUCUUUGAAUACAUACGCAAGAACGAUGAGGGUCUGCUCAAGUCUACGGAUAGCGUAUUGCAAACGCUUACGGAUGAGUAUCUGCCCUGCACCUCGUUUGCUGAAUUCUGCGAUGUUGCCGGCUUAUUGCAUAUUAUCGAGGAGCCGGAUAGCUUUAUUGAGCAACUGCUCAGUUCCCUGCCCACCACCUCUGCAGCCGUCGCCUCCACAUCAGCUAGCUCUAGUUAAAAGAUUCAGCAUGAUCAGCUGCUUAUACUUACCAUACAUAUAAUUAUCUAUAUAUAAUAUAUAUUUAU